UCUUUUACUGUCAGGAGUGUGUGUGGCCAGUCCAGUGGGUGGAUGAAAUGAUGACUUGUCGCUGUUUGGGAUUCAGUUAAAAUUCUGCUCUUUUGUAACCAUAAAAUUGAGGAAAACAAACCUUUAAAGAAUAUGGGUGAGCAAAAUUGAUUCUUGGAGGCUAGAGACAUGCAGUAUGACAUAGACUAUAUUAAAAGAGUUCCCCAUGCUCCGCCUCUGCAACUUUUUAGCUGCAGUCAUUCAGGCUGUCUGCUCACUGACACACCAGGUAUGACCACAGAAACAAGGGAGGCUCUUCACCAUUCACCUCAGUGUCUCAGUCCAGCCUGGAAAGGAGGAUUUCAAGAGGAGGAAAGAGGAACAUUGCAGCAGCUGUCAAAUCUGAAAAGUGGGAUUGAAGAAGUCUGUCCAAGCCUUGCUGAAAAUGAUCCUCUGGGCUGCCUUGCUCAUGGCUCACUCUUGCUGGGCUCUGGAUGGGGCUGCAGCAGGGAGCACGGGACUGGAGAGGAUUGAAAAAUGCAGCACACAGUGCUCACAGAAACUUCGCUGCAAGUCAAAGCCGGACCACUUGUUUCGUCCUCCGUGUCAGAACCUGCCAGAGGCACUCAACACCUCCUCCAGUCUCCACAACAUCAGCCUCUCCACGGUCAUGAGAUGUGAGGGGAGACAGAAGUGCUCGCUACACCUGCAGAUCAAAACAGUUUUGCAACUCUCCGAGUCCAUCCACGGCGUUUCCAUAUGCACCACGUCUCCGGGCACGAUCACGACGUGCCAAAGCGUCCGGUUCACAAAGGCGUCAAGAGAACGGAUGAAUGGACUGAAGGUGGAGGUUGUGAAUGAUUGCACUCCCGUGUAUCCAAGCCAGCAAGUGCAAGUGACGGUGGAAACGGUGCCAAGCUACUGUGGCGUGACCUUGACCGACGUCUACCAAGCUCCAGACUGCAGCGGUGAAGAUCUGAGGAGGCACGUCCCUGAAUGCAUCACUGGUCGACUGUCUUACACCGUGAACCCGGAGAAGAAGGAGCUGAGUGUCAGUGUGUCAGAGAUGCUGGACGGCCACAACUACCACCUUCGCUUGUGCCACAAGAACUUAAUUUGCUUUGGGACUGGAGCCAAUGCAUUGAUAAAGAAGGAGGAACCCAUAAAAGCUGCCACUCUUCGAUACUCCCAACCUCUUCCUUGCCUGUGUAUCGAGGGCUGGUCGACUGUUAUGGACGCCCCGAGAGUCCAGGUCUGCCCAUUCAGCGAGCGCGUCGAGGAACUGUGGACUGGAAUUACCUUUGAUCCCUUAGAGGAGAAUUUAAUAUGGAAGCCUGCCUGUCCAGUUACUGCUGUGGCUUCACUGUGCCAGAAAAGAGACGACCGUGUCUGUGUGGACCUGCCCGGUUCCCCCCAGAACGUCAGCAGAGAAAAGAUGGUAUUUUCUGAAGUGGAUCCACACCCUGAUCUCUGUGUGAAGUUCACAUCCGGCUCUCGGUCCUGGACCAGGUGCCCGUUUGCUGACAGACGACUUCAAGCAUGGGAGGUGGUCGUCAUGGCAGCAGAGGGACAGCGCAAAGUGAACCUCUUGUCUCAGAUCACGGCUACGUUUUCCGUGGGGCUGUGUGUGAAGCCUGCAGCGUCCCACGAGUGUCACGUGACUGAAACACACUCAUUGCAAGUGGAAAAACACAAAGCUGUUGAUUUAAACCUGGGAGGGAAAAUGUGCAAUUUCUGUGUUCAGGUAAAGAGGCUGGAUGUGAAGUUUGCUGCCACCACCACUGACUGUUUUGAGCAGUGCGAUACUCGUCUUUCCACAGACGAGUCUCCUGAUGUGAGGCCUGCCGUCGCCCGUCGCCCCGCCGGGAACCUGACCUGGGUUAUUCCGGCUACUAUUUGCCUCGCCGGCGUUAUCGGCGUCACCCUGGUGCUUCACCUGCUGUUAACCGUGCGUCAGAAGAGAAAACAAAAAGAGAAUCGAGUUCGUUCCUCUCGAAAGAAAAUAGACUGUGCUUUGGACUGUGUGGUCUCCGGAUUGAAAACUCAACCGAUUGUCCACGGAAAGGUUCUCCUUCCUGAUUCAACACAAAGUGAAAACACUGAAAAAGCCAACUUAAUAUCCAACUGAGCAAAGAUGGCUGGUUGAUCCGAAAGCAUUACAGAAAAUGUUACAAGUCUGAUGAGUUCUCUGCUGCAGUCAGUGAUAUACUGUUGCUAUAUGUUAAACGUGGAUAUACUUUCUUGUCGAUGUAUUUGUUUGUUGCUCAUUAGUAACUGUUUUUUAUGUAUUUUGUACUUUGUGUUGUGUGAAAUGUGACAGCACUGUUCAUUUUUAAUUUAAGCUCUCUCCUAUGUCAACUGAACGCUCCUCCUUCCAAAAUAAAAUGAGUAUUUUCAAUAAAAAAGCUAGACGCGCGGCAACAUUUCA